ACCUCUCGGACGUCCCGUCCCAGGAGUAAAACUCCAGCGACUUUGGGCCCCGCCCCCGUGAGAGUGGAGGGCGGCCGAUGAGGGCGGUUCUGAAGGGAACGAGACCAAUGAGACCAGCCCGGGGCGGGGCGCGGGUCCGGAGGGUGGGGCGGGUGGCGGCGGUGGCAGUCCGAGGUCUGGCUCCGCGCAGUAUAUGACAGUACGUCAGCAGCGGGAUGGCCCUAGCAGUGGCGGCGGCUGCAGAAGCCCAAGCAGCCGCGGCCGCAGUGGAGGCUAGAGCCGGAGCGGCGGCGGCGGCGGCACCCCGGGGAGUUUAAGAUGGCGGCGGGGGGGGCAGUGGGCCUGCGGGAGGAGCAGCGCUAUGGGCUGUCGUGCGGACGGCUGGGGCAGGACAACAUCACCGUACUGCAUGUGAAGCUCACCGAGACGGCGAUCCGGGCGCUCGAGACUUACCAGAGUCACAAGAAUUUAAUUCCUUUUCGACCUUCAAUUCAGUUCCAAGGACUCCAUGGGCUUGUCAAAAUUCCCAAAAAUGAUCCCCUCAAUGAAGUUCAUAACUUUAACUUUUAUUUGUCAAAUGUGGGCAAAGACAACCCUCAGGGCAGCUUUGACUGCAUCCAGCAAACAUUCUCCAGCUCUGGAGCCUCCCAGCUCAAUUGCCUGGGAUUUAUACAAGAUAAAAUUACAGUGUGUGCAACAAACGACUCGUAUCAGAUGACACGAGAAAGAAUGACCCAGGCAGAGGAGGAAUCCCGCAACCGAAGCACAAAAGUUAUCAAACCUGGUGGACCAUAUGUAGGGAAAAGAGUGCAAAUUCGGAAAGCACCUCAAGCUGUUUCAGAUACAGUUCCUGAGAGGAAAAGGUCAACCCCCAUGAACCCUGCAAAUACAAUUCGAAAGACACAUAGCAGCAGCAGCGUCUCUCAGAGGCCAUACAGGGACAGGGUGAUUCACUUACUGGCCCUGAAGGCCUACAAGAAACCGGAGCUACUUGCUAGACUCCAGAAAGAUGGUGUCAAUCAAAAAGACAAGAACUCCCUGGGAGCAAUUCUGCAACAGGUAGCCAAUCUGAAUCCUAAGGACCUCUCAUAUACCUUAAAGGAUUAUGUUUUUAAAGAGCUUCAAAGAGACUGGCCUGGAUACAGUGAAAUAGACAGACGGUCAUUGGAGUCAGUGCUCUCUAGAAAACUAAAUCCAUCUCAGAAUGCUGCAGGCACCAGCCGUUCAGAAUCUCCUGUAUGUUCUAGUAGAGACGCUGUAUCUUCUCCUCAGAAACGGCUUUUGGAUUCAGAGUUUAUUGAUCCUUUAAUGAAUAAAAAAGCCCGAAUAUCUCACCUGACGAACAGAGUACCACCAACACUAAAUGGUCAUUUGAAUCCCACCAGUGAAAAAUCUGCUGCAGGCCUCCCGCUGCCCCCUGCGGCUGCUGCCAUCCCUACCCCUCCACCGCUGCCUUCAACCUAUCUGCCCGUCUCACAUCCUCCUCAGAUUGUAAAUUCUAACUCCAAUUCCCCUAGCACUCCAGAAGGCCGGGGGACUCAAGACCUACCUGUUGACAGUUUUAGUCAAAACGAUAGUAUCUAUGAGGACCAGCAAGACAAAUAUACCUCUAGGACUUCUCUGGAAACCUUACCCCCUGGUUCAGUUCUGCUAAAGUGUCCAAAGCCUAUGGAAGAAAACCAUUCAAUGUCUCACAAAAAGUCCAAAAAGAAGUCUAAAAAACAUAAGGAAAAGGACCAAAUAAAAAAGCACGACAUUGAGACUAUUGAGGAAAAGGAGGAAGAUCUUAAGAGAGAAGAGGAAAUUGCCAAGCUAAAUAACUCCAGUCCAAAUUCCAGUGGAGGAGUUAAAGAGGAUUGCAUUGCCUCCAUGGAACCUUCAGCAAUUGAACUCCCAGAUUAUUUGAUAAAAUAUAUCGCUAUCGUCUCCUAUGAGCAACGCCAGAAUUAUAAGGAUGACUUCAAUGCAGAGUAUGAUGAGUACAGAGCUUUGCAUGCCAGGAUGGAGACUGUAGCUAGAAGAUUUAUCAAACUAGAUGCACAAAGAAAGCGCCUUUCUCCAGGCUCAAAAGAGUAUCAGAAUGUUCAUGAAGAAGUCUUACAAGAAUAUCAGAAGAUAAAGCAGUCUAGUCCCAAUUACCAUGAAGAAAAAUACAGAUGUGAAUAUCUUCAUAACAAGCUGGCUCACAUCAAAAGGCUAAUAGGUGAAUUUGACCAACAGCAAGCAGAGUCAUGGCCCUAGAACUCUGCUUGGACCAGAAGAUGUGAAUAAACUUAAGCUUAUUUAUUUAAAAUUCCAAAUGAGUUGCUCUAGAUUCUAAAAAGGUGAAACUUUGGCUUUUGAAAGUUUCAGUAUUAGUAAACUUGAGUUACUUUUUCUUUUCCAUUUUACUUUGCUUCCCUGCAUUUCGAAGCUGCUCUUUCUGGUCCUCCCCACCAUCCCUCCCCCAAGACUUGUGUUUGUUAAUAGAAAUAAUUUUUUUAGGUAUUGGGGAUCCAUUGUCUAUAUUUCAAAUCAGUUUUUUUUCCUCAAAAACUUGUGUUUGUUAUUAGAAAUGAUUUUUUAGAUAUUGGGGAUCCAGUGUCCACACUUAAAAGUUGUAUGUGUUUAAAAAACAACAACAGUAAUGUGCAAGGUGAAAUGCUUUUGGAUAAACGUAAGCCUAUUUUCUGACCUUUCUUAAUGCAAACUCUUUGCCUUAAAUGGUAGAAUAUUUAGAAAUUUGCACAAAAUUAAAAAAAUAAACAUUGUCUUGGAGGGUUAAAAAAUAGAAAGGUGUAUGUGUAUAGAUUCACAUACACAUAUGUAUAUACAGGCUGACUUGAUCUAGAACAUUAAAUCCGCCCUGCAAGUUAACCCCCCAUUGCAAUGAUUGCCUUAAGGUGUUUGCUAGUUGUGUACAUAGUGUGGUUAAUCAUUAGCUACACUGCUUCCCACUUGAUUAGAGCAAUGGGAAGCAUACUGUGGCCUACCAGCAUCUGGAAGUGUGUGCUCGAUCUGUAUGUGUGCAGAGGUGGUGUGGAUGUGAGCGUGCAUGAAGGAAAAAAAGCUGCUACUCCUAGUAGGCCAAACGCUCAGGUUAAACAACUGACGAGUGUUACUGUAGGGUGUUUUUUUUUUUUGUUUUUUUUUUCUAUCAAAUUGCUACUUUUGUUGUGGAAGACAAAAGCAUUUCCAUUUCAACGAGUUUGUCAGCUUUAUUAAUGUUGGGCAAAAAUUGAUAUGUCAUGAAAAUGAAACAGAUCUAUAGUUUUGGGACAAAAUUAUAAAAUUAAAUGUGUAGGUAACCUAUUUAUAUACUGCUAUAAAGUAUUUUUUGAAGAGAGAUGUGCAAAGAAGCUAUUACCUACAUAAGAUGUAUAUUUAAAGAUUUUUUUUUUCAUCCUGGUGCCAGGAAUAUAAAAAAGAGUGGAUAUAUUUAACCAUAACAUACUGUGAUUCAUCAAACAGCACAAACUUUCAUUUCAUGGAGUUUAUCUGUUGACAUUGAUUUAAACUGUCACUUGUUUUAUCAUGUGGGAACAUAAGUUAUGUGGUCAAAAAUAUAAGGCUUUUGAACUAAUGUUGAUUCAAGUUGUAUUGUCUUAUUGUAUUGUCUUUUCAAAGUGCUGCCAGUUGAAAAGGGAAGCAUUAUGUUUACAAAUCUGUUUUGAAAUGUUUGCCAAAAUUUUGGUAGUGUCUUUAAUAAAGAUGUUUGUCUCCAGCAUCCAGAAAAAAAAUAAA